AUGUUUUUUAGCAACCUGGUGCAGUUUAUGACCUCUGGCCCUGUGGUUGCCAUGGAGCUGAUGGGUGACGAGGCGGUGUCGGUGUGGAGAAGGCUUCUAGGCCCCACUGACUCGGGUGUGGCACGGAAAGAGGCCCCGCCAAGCCUCCGAGCCCAGUUCGGCACAGAUGGCACCAGAAACGCGGGACAUGGGUCUGACUCACUGGCCUCAGCAGCAAGAGUAAUUCAUUCUAGUAGAGAGACCAGGAGAGGACCUAGUAUAGAGCCCUGGGGGACACUAGUAGUGGGACAUUAAAGAGGACCUAGUACUGAGCCCUGGGGGACACCAGUAGUGAGAACAGGAGAGGACCUAGUAUAGAGCCCUGGGGGACACCAGUUGUGAGACAUUAAAGAGGACCUGGUACUGAGCCCUGAGGGACACCAGUAGUGAGACAUUAAAGAGGACCUAGUACUGAGCCCUGGGGGACACCAGUAGUGAGAACAGGAGAGGACCUAGUAUAGAGCCCUGGGGGACACCAGUUGUGAGACAUUAAAGAGGACCUAGUACAGAGCCCUGAGGGACACCAGUAGUGAGACAUUAAAGAGGACCUAGUACUAAAGAGGACCUAGUACAGAGCCCUGAAGGACACCAGUAGUGAGAACAGGAGAGGACCUAGUACAGAGCCCUGGGGGACACCAGUAGUGAGACAUUAUAGAGGACCUAGUACUGAGCCCUGAGGGACACCAGUAGUGAGACAUUAUAGAGGACCUAGUACCGAGCCCUGGGGGACACUAGUAGUGAGACAUUAAAGAGGACCUAGUACAGAGCCCUGGGGGACACCAGUUGUGAUACAUUAAAGAGGACCUAGUACAGAGCCCUGGGGGACACCAGUAGUGAGACAUUAUAGAGGACCUAGUACAGAGCCCUGGGGGACACCAGUAGUGAGAACAGGAGAGGACCUAGUACAGAGCCCUGAGGGACACCAGUAGUGAGAACAGGAGAGGACCUAGUACAGAGCCCUGGGGGACACCAGUAGUGAGAACAGGAGAGGACCUAGUACAGAGCCCUGGGGGACACCAGUAGUGAGAACAGGAGAGGGCCUAUUACCAUGCUCUGGGGAACACCAGUAGUGAGUAAUGCUUUGUUCUUUUGUUCAGGAGCUGGAGUUUUUCUUCCCAUCCACAGCGGGCCAUGGUCCCGCUAACACGGCCAAUUACACAGACUGCGCCUGUUGCGUCAUCAAACCUCACGCUAUAUCAGAAGGUAAGUUAGUCAUCUUUGUUUCACGUGGAACCUAGCCUUACUCUCCACAAGUACAUAUUAUGUUUCUCUCAAACCUGUGAGACGUUCUCUUGUAUACUAUACCCUUCAAUUAUACUUGCAUAAUGGCUAUUUUCUGUAGUACUUUGAGUGCCUAAAAUAUAAAAGCCUCACUGUCGUUAUAGAUUCAGAUAAAGGCCUAAAAUAGUACUUGGCUGAAAGUUAUGUAGCCUACAGUAACGUUGCCAACUUACAGUAACGUUGCCAAUUUACAGUUACUUUGCCAACUUACAGUAACGUUGCCAACUUACAGUAACGUUGCUAAUUUACAGUUACUUUGCCAACUUAGUUUAACUCACAACAGUCUGUUAUCCAGGUUGCUGAUGUAACAUCCUUGCCUGCCAUUAAACCCUGCUUCUUAUAUAACUGAUAGACCCCUUCUUUUCUUACCCUGCUGUUGUUAUACUCGGAUGGGUUUACGUCACGCACAAAGCCAGCGCACAUUGAUCCCUGGGAGGGAGCGUACUGCUAGACCACUGACUGGGCUGGUGUAGAGUACUGAGACAUUGGACUACUGGCUGGUGUAGAGUACUGAGACAUUGGACUACUGGGCUGGUGUAGAGUACUGAGACAUUGGAAACCCCAAGUUACCCAGGGGGCCCUGGGUUGGGGGACCCCCUAGUGGGGGGUUGGCCCCAAAUUUAAAGGGGGAAAGUAAAACCCUAGUACAGACCCUGGGGCCCCAAAACAAAUAGUCAGCCCCUUAAAAAGGAGGGCCCCUAGUCCCCCCCGGGGGGGGCCCCGGGGGAAAUUUUUUCCUUAUAAGGGCCUUUUCCCCUAAACACAGGGCCCCCUUAAAAGAGGCCCGGGUAAAAACCCGGGGGAAAGCUUUUAAAAAGGAAAGACAUUUUUGAGGGAACCCCUUCCAACUUAACAAGUAAAAUUUUAAAGGCCUUCAACCCUUGGGGUCCCCUUUUUAAACAAAACCCUUCAAUCCGGGGGAAAUGGAAAACCGGAGCCCUUUUUAAAAGGGCCCCUAAAAUAUAAAAGGGAUAGGUUUUUAAUUGGGGGCAAAAUUCCAAAAUAUACGGCCCCGGGGGAAAUUUAGUAGAACAAAAAGGCCUUUUUACAUUUCCCCGGGGGCCAAACCUUAACAGAAGGUCCAAGAAACAACCCCGGGGGAACCCCAGUUUAAACCAACCAAAAAGGGGGAACCCGGGUUGUGAGAACCCCGGGGCCUGCCCAACCCCGGGGGCCCUUAUAAAAACAAAAAUAGACCCCCUUCCCUUUUUACCCUUUGUUUUUUUUCGGAGGGGGUUUUUUCCCCCACCAAAAAGGGCCAGGCCCGCAAAAAAGGAAUUUCCCGGGGGCCCCGUUUGCUAAAAAACCUAGGGGCUUUUAAAAUUAUAAAAUUUUUGGGGAACCUACCCCCCGGGGGGGUUAAAAAACCUAACCCUUUGGAACGGCUUUGUAAUUCCCUUAAAAUUGGGCAAAAUGGCCUUGUAGAGUCCUAAACAUAAACCUCCGGGGUGUUGUUUAAAUAAAGGCCAAAAUUUAAUUUGGUUAAAAGGGGUUUUUAACCUAAGACUUGGGAAUUACGGACUUUGUUAAGUACGGGCCUUUUACUUUACUUGGCCCCCCCCUUUUUUUUUUCCCUAAAAAAGGUUUUUACCUUUUUGGGUGUAAACCCCCUUGGCCAGGGGAAACCCUCUUUUAAUACAAAGCCCCUUUUUUUUAAUUAGGGCUUUGACCUGAGGGGAGAGAAAAGAGGCCUUUUGGGGAAAAACAGAAACCCCCGGGAACUUGGUGAAAUAAACAGGCAGGAUUGGUUAAUUUGCCUUGGUUGGCGGUUUUAAAACUUGGCUUUGGGGUUUGGAGGGGAAAUUGUUUUGGGCUCUCUUUUUUUAGGAUGAUUUGGGCUCUAAGGUGUUAUGGAAUUUCUGGGGGUGGUUUUUUCAAAAGGACGGGGAAAAAACGAACUUCCCCCCUUUUUUCCUAACUUUCGAUGGUUUUUGGGGGAAGGGGUUCAAAAUUUUUGCUAACCAAGGUUUUUCUAAAAACCCCUUGAGUAACUCAUUAAAAUUAAUAGUUUUUUUAAAAGGGGAAAAAACCGGCUUUUUUAAACUUGUUGUUUUAAAAUUUAUUUUGUGUUUUGGAAAAUGUUGCCCUUCCGAGGGUAAAAACUUAGUUUUUUGGAAACGAAAUUUUUUUUAAAGGGGUAAAAAACCCCAUUUUUUUCCUCCAACCCUAAUUGGUAUUAAACUUCCCCUUUUUUUUUAAACAGCCCAAGGAUUUUUUAAAACCCCCCGUAUUUUGCCCACAAUUGGGAUCGGUUAUGGGUAAUUUCCCUGUAAACCCCAAUUUUUAAAAUUUUGGCCCUGGUAACCUCCCUUUGAAAAUUUUUUAACAAAAAAUUUGGGUUAAUGGAAAAACCUUUUUAUACCCCAAACCUUAAAAAUUUUUUGGAAAAUUUUUCCCUUAACUUUCCCCCCACGUUGAUUUGGAAAAUUUCCCCCCUUUUAAAAUGCUCCACUUUGGGAUCUGGUACGGGUUACUCCCUUAUUUUCCUCCACAUUGAUCUGGUCCUGGUACUCCCUGUUAUAGCUCCACUUUGAUUUUGGUACUUUUUCCCCCUGUUAUACUCCACAUUGUCGGGUUUACUCCUUGUAAAAUCCCCAAACGUUGUUUUUUUUGGGGUACUCCCUGUAUAUGCUCCACUUGAUUUUGGUAUUUGGUACCCCCUGUAUUAGUUUCCCACAUUGAUCUGGAAACUGGUAUUUUCCCGGGAAAAUAGCUCCCCCUUGAUCUGGUAUUUCCCUGUAUAUGGCCCACAUUGAUCGGGUUUUACUCCCUGUUAUAGCUCCACUUAAAUUUUCGGUUACCCCUGUAAAUAGCCCACUUUGACCCUGGAAAGGGGUACCCCCUUAUAAAACCCCAAAAUUGAUCGGGGUACGGUACCCCCCUGAAAAUUUUACCCUCCCCCUUAAAUCUGGUAUUUCCCCUUUAUAUAGUUCCCAUUGAUCUGGUUCUGGGUUUUCCCCCUGUAAAAAUAGCCCACAUUGAUCGGGUUCCCGGUAUUUUCCUUUGUAUAUAGCUCCCCAAAAUUGGAUUGGUACUCCCUGUAAAGUUCCCUUGAUCGGGUUCGGGUAUUUCCCCCUUAAAAUGCCCCAAAAUUUUUUUUCUUCUGGUACCCCCUUGUAUUAGCCCCCAAAAUUGACGGGAUUGGUUUUCCCCGUAUAUAGGCCCAAAAUUGAUCGGGUCCUGGUCCUCCCUGUAUAUACCCACUUGAUUUGGGUACUUCCCUGUAUAUUUUUUCCAAACAUUGAUCUGGUUCUGGUAUUUCCUGUAUUUUUAAGCUCCACAUUACUUUCCCCGGUUUCUACUCCCUGUUAUAGUUCCAAAAUUAUCUGGUUUUGGUACUCCCUGUAUAUUUUUUCCCCCUUGAUCGGACGGUAUUUCCUUUUAUAUACUCCAAAAUUGCCGGGUCCGGGUUACUCCCUGUAAAAAUAAGUUUUUUCCAAAAAAUCGGGUUAUUUGGUUUUUUCCCUGUAAAAAAUUCCCAACCCACAAUCUUUUACCCCUUUUUCCCCUUUUACUGGCCUUUUUUCCCCUGUAUAUAUUUCCACUUUGGGAAUUUUGGUACGGGGAUUUUUCCUGUAUAUAGCUCCAAAAUUGUUUGGUCCGGGGGAAAAAGCUCCAUUUUCUUUUUCCCUGGUAUAUUUUUUCCCCAUUGAUCGGGUUUUCUGGAAAAACCCCUAUUAUAGUCUAAUUCUUACGGGUUUUUUUCCCUUAUUUGUCCCCCAUUUUUUUUUCCCCUUUCCCUGUUAAAAGCCCCCCCCCCACAUUGAUCUGGUAUGGUCCCCUCCCUUAAAAACUCCCCCUUACUGGAAAUUUCCCCUGUAUAUACUCCACUUUGAUCGGGGAUUUCCUUUUCCCUGUUUUUAAGUCCCAUUGUUUCUGGUAUGGUACCCGCCCCUGAAAUUACUCCCUUAAAUCGGGUUUCUUACUCCCUGUAUAUGCCCCACAUUGAUCUGGUACUGGAAAUUUCCCCCUGUAUAUGGGCCUCCACUUAAAUCGGGUUUCCGGUACCCCCUGUAUAUGGGUUUCCCCCUUGAUCGGGUUUACUGGAUUUUCCCUUAAUGCUCCACAUUGACCCUGGUACCCCUUUGUAUUUUGCUCCACUUGAUUUUGGUUUCCCCCUUGGAAAACUCUUUACGGACUCCCGUAAAAGGGGCUCCCCCUUUGUUUCUGGUACGGGUUUAUUUCCCUUUAUAUAGCCCACAUUGAUCGGGUUUACUGGUACUUCCUUAAAAAUCUCCCCCUUGAUCGGGGAUUUGGUACUCCCUUUUUAGCUUUUUAUUUAAUUGUUCUUACUUUACUCCCUGUUUAUGGGCUCCACAUUGACCCGGGUACGGGUUACUUUUUCCCCUGUAUAUACUCCACUUUGGGAAUUUUGGGUACUGGUACUCCCCUGUAUAUAGCCCCAAACAUUGAUCUGGUACUGGUAUUUCCCUUUUAUAGCCCCCACAUUAAAUCGGGUUUAAUGGUACCCCCCCUUUAAAAACCCCAAACAUUGACCCGGGCCCCCGGGUUACCCCCGGGUAAUAGCUCCACUUGAUCUGGUCCGGGUCCCUACCCCCUUUUACCCCCUUGUUUUUUACUUCCCUUUUAUAUACCUCCACAUUGACCCUGGUCCUGGUAUUUCCUUUAUAUAGCCCCCACUUUUAUCUGGUACUCCCCUGAUAAAAGCUCCACAGGGGAUCUGGAAACUUUUUUUCCCCGGGUAUAAGCUCCAAAAUUGAUCUGGUAUUUCCCCUUUAUAUAGCUCCACAUUGAUCUGGUUUUUUUGGUACUCCCUUUUUGUAUAUAGCCCCAAUUGAUCGGGUACGGGUAUUUCCCCCUGUUAUACUCCACAUUGACUGGAAAUUGGUACCCCCCGUUUACCCUCCCCAUUGAUCUGGUAUUUUCCCUGUAUAUAGCCCCACAUUGAUCGGGUAUUCCCGUUUUGGGUCCCCCGGGAUCUGGCCGGGUAUUUACUCCCUGUAAUAGCCCACUUUGAUCUGGUUUUGGGAAUUUCCCUGUAAUAGCCCCCAUUGAUUUUGGCCCCCCCCUGGUACUCCCUGUAAUAGCCCAACUUGAUCUGGUACUGGUAUUUUCCCCGGUAUAUAGCCCACAUUGAUCUGGUCCGGGAAACUUCCCUGUAAAAAGCUCCACUUUUAUCUGGUCCUCCCCUGUUUUAUAGCUCCACAUUGUUUGGGUCUGGUACUCCCCUUAAUGCUCCCCUUUGAUCGGGUUUCUGGUACUCCCCUGUAUAUGUUUCCACAUUGAUCUGGUACUGGUACUUCCCCUGUUUUAAAAGCUCCACAUUGACGGGGAACGGGUUUUUUUCCCUUUUUAUAUACCCUCCACUUUGAUCGGGUUUUACUCCCCUUUUUAUAUACCCCCUUUUUUAAAACCCUGGUACUCCCUUUGAAAUAUAGCUCCACUUUGAUCUGGACGGUAUUUUCCUUGUAUAUCCCUCCCCACUUAAAUCGGUAUUUGGUCUUCUCCCGGGGGUAUACUCAUUCUUGUGGGGUUUUUAUUUCCCCGGUUACAAUUUGUUUUUUGUAUUAUUAUUUUUUAACUUUUGAAAUCUUUGGGGAAGUGCUAAAACCAAGCUUUUCAGGGUUAAAAGUCUCCACCCUUUGGGUAUUCCCCCCGCGUGUGAAAAAAAAAAUAGUUUUUAUACACUUACCUGCCCCCAAAAUCCACUAUUUCGAACUAUGCUCCCUUUUCCAAAUCCCAGAAAAAAUUCAAACAAAGAAAAAAAUUUAAAACCCUUUUGGCACCAACUCUAUGCUAAUUCCCAAGAGGGGAAACCUUUUAGUUCGCAGUCAGAGAGGGUGGACUUGGGGCUUUCUUUUCAGCAGCGGGGGGAAACCCCCAAAAACCUAAUGAAAAAGAAAAGAGAGAGAGAAAGAGAGAGAGGAGAAAAAGAGAGGAGAGAAAGAGAAGCGAGAGAGAGAGGAAAGAGAGAGAGAAAAUAGACCCAAAACUCCCCCGGGGAAAAGGGAGUCUCCUCUGCUCAAUCGGCUGUUUUUUUUCACCGCCCUCUCGCUCCCCCCCCCCUCUCUCUUCCCCACUCCUCCCCUCUCUCCCUCCUCCCCGCCCCCUCCGCGCUGCUCCCCCUUUCUCUUUCUUUCCCUUCCUUGUCCCCUUUUUUUUUUCCCUAAAAACCCCCUUUAAAAAAGGGAGAGUAGCCAAAAGCCCCCGGAGAAAAAAAGAAAAUAAAAAAAAGUUCCCCCCGUGUAGCCUAUUAACUUCCGGGGCCCAUUUCCUUUUAUUAAAAUUUUUGGCAGGGAUACGGAGUGAUUGGGGUAAUAUGAUAGGGAAAGGGGACAGGGAUCGGGGUGAGGGGAGGUAAAAUUAUGGAUUGGGGUUUGGGGGCCCCGGGGGGGGGACUAACUGGAGUGAUGGAGGUCGAUAUUUACGGGAAGGGCCCCCGGGCCCGGGGUUUUGGGUAGAUAUGUAAGGGGGUAAGGGGACGGGGACCCUUGGAGGGGAUGGGGUAAUCGUAGGGGGGAAGGGGGGACGGGGUCUGGAGUGUUUGAGGAAAAAGAAUAUUUGGGGGAAAGGGGACAUUAACUGGAGUAUGGAGGUAGAUAUGUUGGGGGAAGGGGGACAGGGAUACGGGAGGUGGAGGUAAUAUUAAAAGGGGAAAGGGGGACGGGGAUAUUUGGAGUGAUGGAGGUGGAUAAAAAGGGUGGGGGACGGGGAUAUUUGGAGUUUUGGGGUAAUAUGUAAAAGGGUAAGGGGACGGGGAUACUGGAUUUAGGGAGGGGAAAAUUUUUAAGGGGUUUAAGGGGCCGGGGAUACUGGAUUGUUUGGAGGUAGUUUUUAAGGGGAAAGGGGGCCCGGGUACUGUGUGUUGGAGGUAAUUUUGUAUAGGGGUAAAGGGGACAGGGAAUUUGGAGUGAUGGAUUUAGAUUGUUGGGGGAAAGGGGGAAGGGAUCGGAGUGAUGGGGGGUGGUUUAUGUAUAGGGAAAGGGAACAGGGAUACUUGUUGAUGGGGGUAAAAUUUUUAUGGGGGAAAGGGGGAAAUACGGGGUUGAUGGGGGGGUAGAUUUUAUGGGGUUAGGGGGAAGGGGGGAUGGAGGUGGAUAUUUUAAAAAGGGGUAAGGGGAUACUGGAGUAAAUGGGGUUUGUUGUAAUUUUUUGGGGCCUGUGUAUUGUUUUUUUGGGGUUCUUUUAUGGGGUUUUUAUUCUUGUUUGGUUAAAUUUUCCUUUUUUAGUUUUGGGGAAAGGAUACUGGAGGGGGUUUGGAUUUGAUAUGUAAGGGAAAGGGGGCCCGGGAUUGGGUAUGGAGGUAAUUGUUUUAGGGGUGGGGACCGGGAUCCUGGGGAUGGAGGAAAAUUUUUUGGGGAAAUUUGGGACGGGGAACGGGGGGGAUGGGGGUGAUAGUUAGGAAAGGGGACGGGGAUACUGGAUUUGGAGGUGAGAUAUUUGGGGGAAAGGGGAACCAUGGAUACGGGAAAUAUGGAGGUAAUAUGUUGGGGGAAAAAGGGGCCAGGGUCCGGAAGGAUGGAGGUAAUAUGUUAGGGGAAAAAGGGACAGGGAUCGGGAUAAAAUGGAGGUUUUUUGUAAAAGGGGUAAGGGGACGGGGAACGGGAUUGUUUGAGGUUAUUUGUUUUAAGGGAAAAGGGGGGGGAUACGGGGAGUUUGGGGUAGAUAUGUUUGGGGGUGGGGGGACAGGGAAAACUGGGUAAUGGGGGUAAUAUGUAUAGGGGUGGGGGACUUUUAUCUGGGGGAUGGAGGUAGAUUUUUAUGGGGGAAAAUGGACAGGGAUCGGGAGUUUGGGGGUAGAUAUUUUAAUAGGGAAAGGGGGACAGGAUACGGGAUUUUGGGAUUGGAAUUGGUUUUGGGGGUUUUAAGGGGAAAAUACUUUGUUUUUGGGGGUUUAAUAUGUAAAAGGGGGAAAUUACGGUUGUGGGGGGUAGAUAGGGUAAGGGGGGGGGGGGGGGGGGGGGUUGGGGGGGGGGGGAAAGGGAAGGGGGUUAAAUGGAGGAAAAUAUUAUAGGGUUUAAGGGGGAAACUGGAGUUUUUGGGGGUUUGAUAUGUUUUUUUAAAGGGGGACGGGGAAAUACGGGAGUGAUGGGGUAAUCUGUCUGGGGUGGGUACGGUUUUCUGGGUUUGGGGGGGGUUUUCCCCUUUUUGGGGGUGGGGGGUGGGGGGUUUUUCCUGGGGGGGGGUGUUUUGGAGGGGGGGAUUUUGUUGGGGGAAAAGGGGCCAGGGAAACCUGGAGGGGUUUUUGGAGGUAGUUUAUUUAAAAAGGGAAAGGGGGGAACAGGAAAACGGAGUUUUUGGAGGUAAAAUAUUUAGGGGGAAAGGUGCCCAGGGAUCCUGGAGUGGGAGGUAGAUAGGGUAGGGGGAAGUGACCAUACAGGUUCAGCCCAAUUUUUCCCCCUGUGUCAGGGAACGGGAGUGUUUGAGGAAAAGUAGUUGGGGUAGGCCCGGGAUAUUUAAAUGAUGGGGGUAAGUUUGUAUAGGGUUUAAGGUGCCCGGGUCGGGGAUUUUGGGAGGUGUUGUUGGGGUGGGGCCAGGCCCCCCUGGGUUGGGGGGUUGUAGGGGGGAAAGGGGGACAGGGAUACGGAGUGUUGGAGGUAGUUUGUUGGGGUAAGGGGGUCGGGAUAUUUGGGUGAGGGAGGUAGAUAUUUUAGGGGAAAGGGGACGGGUCCUGGGGUGUGGGCCUUUUUUUUUCCCCCCUUUGGUUCCGGGGUUUGUGGGGGUGUUGUUUGGGUUUGGGCCAGGGUCCGGGGUUUUGGGUAGUAUGUUGGGGUUUACGGGGCCCGGGUCCUGGAGUGUGGGGGGUUUUUGGGGUUUGGGGCCCGGUUCCGGGGUUUUGGGGAAUUCUGUUGGGGGAAAAAGGGGGAAGGGUCCUGGGUGUGGGGUAAUUUUCCCGGGGAAAGGGGACGGGUACGGAUGAUGGAGGGAUAUGUAGGGGGGAAAAAGGGGGACAGGGAUACUGGAGUGUUUGGGGAAAGAUUGUUUUGGGGUGGGGAUACGAGUGGGGAGGAAGAUAUGUAAAGGGUCAGGUGACUGGGCAUCGGAUUUGAUAAAAAAUUUACCCUUUGGGGGAUAUGAGAUCGGGGGGGAUUGUUGUAGAGUCAGUAUGAUUGGUGUUUGUGUUUGUGAGCAAAGCAUUUGUGAGGGGUGUUUGGAGGCCCGGGUUUGAAGUGUGGGGUUUUGAGUUUUUAAAAAAAUAGAGUCUUUGUACAUAGAGCCCAAAUUACUUUAAGAACAGUGGGGCAAAAGAAGUGGGGCAAAAGAGACAUGUCAUGGAAAAAAAAUGUACAAGGGGACAUGGGGCAUAGGGGACAGUGGGGAAAGACAUGAAACAUAGAGCCCGUGUACAUAAAAACAUUUUGCCAGUGUACAUAAGACGGGGUCCCUAGAAAUUUGACAUAGAGAAGGUCCAUGACAUAGAGACAGUGUACAUAGAACAGUUCCCUUUUUGGGGAUAGAGACAGUGUGCAUGAGACGGGGUUAACUAAAGACAGUGUGCAUAGAGACGGUCCUAGAGACAGGUGCAUAAGAAAAGUGAAAACAUGGACUUGACAUAGAGCCCAUUGUCCAGGGGUGCAUGGACAGUGUGCAUAGACAGUGUCCCAUAAGACAGUGGGGCAUGGGAACAGUGUACUAGAGACAGGGGUACAUAAGACAGUGUACAUAGGCCGUGGGGCCGUGUGCAUGAGCAGUUUUAAAUAGAAAGGUUGCAAAGCAGGGGUACAUAGACAGUUUUCAUGAGACAGUGAAACAUAAGCAUGGGUGCAUAAGACAGUGUGCAUAGAGACAGUGUACAUAGAGACAUUUGUGCAUAGAACGUGUACUAAGCAGUUUUACAUAGAACAGUUUCCCAAAGUGGCUAACCCGUGUAAUAGAGACAAUUACAUAGAACAGUUGCAUAGAAAACAGUUUUGCAUAGAGCAGUGAAACAUAAGCCCGGUUACAUAGAGACAGUGUGCCAUUUGUGUUUAAGACAGUGUGCCCCAGUUGUAGAGACAGGUCCCUAGGAAUUUUGCAUAGAGCCCUGUGCUAAGACGUGCCCAUAGAAAACAGUGUACAUAGAGAAGGGUGGCCAUGUGCAUAAGAAAAGUGUGCAAAGACGGGUGAAAACAUGAACAGUGGGGCCAGUUUCAUAGAGAAGUGUGCAUAGGGGAAAAAAGUUUGCAUAAGCCCGUGUCCCUAGAGACGUGUACAAGAACAGGUGCAUAGAGACUUUUCCCCUGGGAAAGUGAAACAUAGGACAUUUGGGCCUUUGUGCAUAGAUCAGGGGUGCAUAGAGCCCCUUUGAAACCCAUAAGACAAUUUUACAUAGAAAAGUGUGCAUAGGACGUGGCAUAGAAGGGGGGUUUUCAUAAACAGUUUAACAUAGAGACGUGUCCCUAAAACGUGUACUAGGACGUGUCCAUAAGACAUGGGGCAUGAGACUUUGGUAAAAAUAGAGCCCGUUUUCAUAGAGAAAAAGGGGCCCAGUUUUGAAAUUAAGACAUUUGUACAUAGAGACGUUUGCAUAGAAAAAGUGUCAUAGAGACAGUGUGCCAUUUGUGCAUAGAGAAAAGUGUGCAUAGAGACAGGUAAAAUAGGCAGUGGGCCAGUGUGCAUAGAGCCCGUUUUCAUAGAGACAGUGGGCAAGAACAUGUAAUAAAACCGUGUGCAUAAGACAGUGUACAUAAAGACAGGGGUACAAGAGACAGUGUACAUAAGCCGUGGGCCCGUGUGAAAAUAGAGACAGUUUUCAUAAUACUGUACAUAGAGCCCGGGGGUGCUAGAGACAGGGGUACAUAGAAACAGUGUGAAAAUAGAGAAUUGUACAUAGAGACAGUGGGGAAAUAGAGACGUGUGCAUAGAGACGUGUCUAAGCAGUGUGCAAGAGACAGUGAAACAUAAGACAGUGUACAUAAACAGUUUACAUAGAGACAGUGUACAUAGAGACAGUGUGCCAGGUGUGCAUAGAGUCAGUGUACAAAAGACAGUGUACAUAGAGACAGUGUACAUAGAGACAGUGUGCCAGUUUUUCAUAUGUCAGUGUACAUGAGAAAAUGUCAUAGAAAACAAUGUACAAGAGCUUGGGGGCCAGUUGCAUAGAGUCAGUGUACAUAGGACAAUUACAUAGGACUUUGUACAAAAAACAUUGUACUAGAGACAAUGUCAUAGAGACCUUUGUACAUAAAAAACAGUGUGCAUGAGACGUUUUCAUAGAGACAGGGGGCUAGAGACGUGUACAAAAGACUGACAUAAAAAAGUGGGGCCCGUGUGCAUAGGCCCUUUGCAUAAGCCCGUGAAACUAGAACUGUGCUAGAGAAUUGGCCGUGUCCCUUAGAACGGGGUCCCUAGAGACAGUUUUCAAGAGACGUGUCCCAAAGUUUGCAUAAGACAGUGUACAUAAGACGUGUACUAGAGACAGGGGUGCAAAACAGUGUCCCUAAAACCAGGGGUGCAUUAGACAUUGUCAUGAGACAGUGUACAAAAGACAUUGGGGAAAUAGAGACAGGGGUACUAAAACCGGGGUACAUAGAAAAGUGUCCAUAGAGCCCUUUCAUAAACAGUGUGCCAGUUUUCUUUAAUCAGUGCCCUAGAAAAAGUGAAACAUAGAGACGUUACAUAAGACGUUUUUCCAGUGGGGCAAGAUUCCAGUGUACAUAGAGACAAGGUCAUAAGCCCGUGUACAAAGAGCCAGUGACAUAGAGCCCAAAUUCCCUAGAGCCCGGGGUCCCUUAAACAGUGUCCCAAGACAGUUUUGGCUAGAGACUGUGCAAGAAAACAUGUAAUGAACAGUGUACAUGAGCCCGUGUGCCAGUGUGCUAAGCCCGUGUGCUAGAACGGGUUUUACUGAGACUUGUGCAUAGAAAACAGUGGUGCCUUUUUCCCAAAAGAGACAGUGUCCAUAGAGACAGGGGCAUAGAGACAGUGGGGCCAGUGUGCAUGAGACAGUGUCCAUAGAGACGGUGUAAAUAGGGGACAGGGGAAAAAGUGUGGCAAAGACAGUGAAAAUAGAGAAGUGUGAUAGAGACAGUGUCCCAUUUGUGCUAGAGCAGUUUUACAUAGAGACGUGUGCAUGAGCCCAGUGUACAAAAGACAGGGGUACAAAAGGGGACAGGUACAUAAAAAACAGUGUGCAUAGAGACAGGUGCCAGGGGUGCAAAAGACGUUUUCAUAGAGACAGUGUACAUAGUCAGUGUACAUAGAGACAGUGUGCAUAGAGACAGUGUACAUAGAGACAGUGUGCAUAGAGGCAGUGUGCCAGUGUGCAUAGAGACGGGUUGCAUAGAACAGGGUACAUACCAGUGUACAUAGAGACAUUUGUCCCCUAGAGACAUUGUACAGGGGGGGAAAAAAGUUUUUAAAGGUCACCCCCAAUUUUUGAAAGUUCUCCCAUUUAAAAAAGAUGAUAGGGGCAUGUAAUUUUCAUCAUAGGUAAAACUCAACAGACGGGAAAAUUUGGAGGAAAAAAAAUCCGAAAUCACAUUGAAAGGAUUUUUAAUUAAUUUUUUUGAAAAUUUAUGGGGGAAAAAAUAAGUUUUUUGGUAAAUAAAAAAAUUUUUCUCAAUACUUUGUUAUAUAUUUUUGGGUUGGCAAUGACACGGGCCCAAAUUUUUUUCUGAAGUUUUUCACAAUUUUUACACACUUUUGCGGGGUUUCGGGCCCAUUCCCCCCCCAUGCAGAUCUCCUCUAAGCAGUGUUUUUUUUGGGGUUUGUCCGGGUGAAACAGGGCUUUAAAACUCCCCCCCAAAGAUUUUCUAGGGGGGGUUUGAGAUCGGGGAGACUGGCUAGGCCACUCCAGGACCUUAAAUGCUUCUUACGAAGCCACUCCUUUCGUUCCCCCCCGGGCGGGGGGUUUUUGGGGACCCUUGCCCAUGCUGAAAGACCCAGCCAUUUUUCAUCUUCAAUCCCUUUGCGAUGGAAGGAGUUUUCACUAAAAAUCUCACAACCAUUGCCCCAUUAUUUUUUUUCCUUUAAAAACGGACAGCCCCGCCUGGCCCCUUUUGCAGAAAAAAAAAGCCCCAAAGCAUGAUUUUUUCCACCCCCAUUUUUCACAGAAAGGUAGGGGGUUUUUUUGGUUUAAACUCAGCAUUCUUUGUCCUCCAAAACCGCGAUUGGGUUUUUUAAAACCAAAAUUUCUUUUUUUGGGUUUUUCCCCCUUGCCCAUGACUUUUCCCCCAACCUCUUCGGGAUCAUCAAAAAUGCACUCUGGGCCCACGCCCAGACGGGCCGGGCCUUUUUACGGCUUAAGCAAGGGGAACAUCGGCACUGCAGGAUUUAUCCCUGGGGCGUAGUGGGGUUACUAUGGUGGGUUUGAUACUUUGGUCCCGUUUCCCCGCAGUUUCAUUUGGCCCCCCCGUGGGGUUUCUGGGAUUUUUGCUCACCGUUCUUGUAAAUAUUUUUUCCCCCCCACGGGGUAAAGAUUUUGCGGGGAAACCCCCAGAUCGAGGGAAUUAUCAUUGGCACUGGAGGCAGGGAGCUCGGCCCCAGUGAUGUACUGGGCUGUCCGCACCACCCUCUGUAGCGCCAUGCGAUCGAGGCCGGUGCUAUUGCCAUACCAAGCAGUGAUGCAGCCAGUCAAGAUGUUCUCAAUGGUGCAGUUGUAGAACUUUUGAGGAUUUGAGGGCCCAUAUCAAAUCUGUUCAACCUCCUGAAGGGGACGAGGCACUGUAACGCCUUCUUCACCACUGAUUUCGUGUGUGUGGACCAUUGUCCAAGUCCUUAGUAAUUUGGACACCGCUCCACUGCAGCCCUGUCGAUGUGAACGUGGGCGUGCUCGGCCCCCCGUUUCCUGUAGUUCACGAUCAGCUCCUUUGUCUUACUAACGUCGAGGGAGAGUUUGUUGUCCCGGCACCACACUGCCAGCUCACUGACGUCUUCCCUGUAGGCCGUCUCAUUGUCGCCGGUGAUCAGGCCUACCACUGUUGUGUCAUCGGCAAACUUAAUGAUGGUGUUGGAGUCUUGCACGGCCACGCAGUCAUGAGUGAACAGGGAGUACAGGAGGGGACUAAUCACACACCCCCCGAUCAGAGCAGGGCCCCUGUCUAGUUGCAUUCUACACCUGUUUCAGACCUAUGUAACCCUCAUUAGAGUCAUUGUUAUAGCGUUGUUCAUAUUAGUAUAUAGCCAAUCCUAUAUACCACCAAAGGUUUCCUAUUCUUUAGUGGCGUUUUAAAUAGUCUUUAGAAAGUGAAUAAGGUUUCCUCUUUUUCAGAGGUGUUUUAAACAGUGUUUAGAAAGUUAAUAAGGUUUCCUCUUUUUCAGAGGUGUUUUAAAUAGUCUUUAGAAAGUGAUAGUAUCAUACUGUUGGAGGACAUGAUAAAUCAUGGUCUUGUUAUUGUAGCCUAGAUAUUGGAAAAUGUUCAUGUGUUGUUCACAAUGGAAACAGUCAUACUGUUACUAUGCAUGCUGAGUACUAUUAUGAUCUAGCUGUAGGUUUGUUUCUGAGUAACCUAACGUUGCAGGCAUAAAAGAAAAUGCCUGAGUGGCAUUCCUUUCUUUCUGGUCCUGACUAGGGGGGGGCAAAAACUAUUGGGGAAGGUUCUCUUCUGCACUAUUCAACCAAUCCAGUAAACGUGGAGGAGGAGUUAAGGUGGAGUGUCGCAUUGUUAACGUCCAAAAGUGUCACAGGUUCUCUUUCUAUUUCCCCUGAAAACCGGAUGCAUCCGGUUGUCUACAACCCAGCCGAGGGUGGUUUCUAAGUAACAGCCUGCCUAGUAAUGCCUGUAGGAAGAUAAGCAGUACUGAUCUGGCUGUGACUGGUUCAGAGCACUGGGAGUGGCCAGGGUGAGCAGAACACAGCAGAGUAGAACAGAACAGAGUAGAGCAGAACAUAGCAGAGUAGAACAGAACAGAACAGAGUAGAGCAGAACAUAGCAGAGUAGAGCAGAACAGAGUAGAGGAGAACAGAGGAGAGCAGAGUAGAGGAGAGCAGAGCAGAGUAGAGCAGAACAUAGCAUCACAGAGUAGAGCAGAGCAUCACAGAGUACAGUAGAACAGAGUAGAGUAGAGCAGAGCAUCACAGAGUACAGUAGAACAGAGUAGAGUAGAGCAGAACAGAGUAGAACAGAACAGAGUAGAGUAGAGCAGAACAGAGUAGAGUAGAACAGAGUAGAGCAGAGCAGAACAGAGUACAGUAGAACAGAGUAGAGCAGAACAGAGUACAGUAGAACAGAGUAGAGCAGAACAGAGUACAGUAGAGUAGAACAGAGUAGAGUAGAACAGAGUACAGUAGAGCAGAACAGAGUAGAGUAGAACAGAGUAGAGUAGAGCAGAACAGAGUACAGUAGAACAGAGUAGAGCAGAACAGAGUAGAGUAGAACAGAGUAGAGCAGAACAGAGUACAGUAGAGUAGAACAGAGUACAGUAGAACAGAGUAGAGCAGAAAAGAGUACAGUAGAGUAGAACAGAGUAGAGCAGAACAGAGUACAGUAGAGUAGAACAGAGUACAGUAGAACAGAGUAGAGCAGAACAGAGUACAGUAGAACAGAGUAGAGUAGAGCAGAACAGAGUACAGUAGAACAGAGUAGAGUAGAACAGAGUAGAGCAGAGCAGAACAGAGCAGCAGGGCAGCCUUUCAUGAGGUUGUUAUUGUUAGCUCUAGAUGUUAGUCUAAGAUCACUAUCAGGAAAGGUUAAUUACUCUAUUAUUCCUCACAGGAAUUGGACAAGUGGAUUAGCUAAUAGGUUCAACAUCUUUCCUCUAGUCUCUAGUGGCUUUUUAAAGUUUUCUCUAUUCAGCUAGCAGAAGCAUAGACGUGUGUAGCAGAGGGAGACAGGGGCUUGUUUAGGUAGGGGAUACCACGGUGGACAAGGGGACCUUACAGUUACACUGUACUGGAUAGGCAGCCUGCCAGAGAUACAACUGUUCUUUAACCUAUCCUUGCCCCACUGCCUCCUUGGACGAAGUCCACAUGGAUACUGGAAGGCCAUGCAGAGUCAGACCACACCUUGGCUGCAAGUCCGGAUUCAGAGCUGCGUCCCAAAUGGCACCCUAUUCCCUAUAUAGUGCACUACUUUAGACCAGAGAAUGGCACCCUAUUCCCUAUAUAGUGCACUACUUUAGACCAGAAAAUGGCACCCUAUUCCCUACGUAGUGCACUACUUUAGACCAGAGAAUGGCACCCUAUUCCCUACGUAGUGCACUACUUUAGACCAGAGAAUGGCACCCUAUUCCCUACGUAGUGCACUACUUUAGACCAGAGAAUGGCACCCUAUUCCCUACGUAGUGCACUACUUUACACCGGGGCCCAUAGGGCAUGAAAGCCAGUGAGGGCUAUGGCAAAAACUGAGUUUUCUUCAACAAAAUGAUGUUUAAAUGGCUAAAUAAUUGAACAGUGCAUCAGGAGUACUUGCUACUGUGAUUCCUGAAAUCCACAGCCUAAUGAAGUAUUUUUCUAAUCCUAAAUUAUACUUUUGUUACUUUGUUUGCUAGCUCAGCUGGUUAGCUCUCAGUCUCAUUGACCACCAAAUGUUGCUAACGCUAGCUAGCUAGCACCUUAAUAUAACUUGUUUUCUCAAUGUAUGUUAGCUAGCUAAGUUAGCAAUGUUAUGAAUACAACUCCCAUCUGCUGUUGACAUCAGGAUAUGAUUUUACCUGGCUUACCUGGUUAAAUAAAGGUAAAAUAAAAAAUUGAGAGCACUAACGUUAGUUCGUUCCAAAAGUGGUCAUAGCUUUGACUGCAUGCUGACAGUGAAUCCAGAGCCGUUCAGUGGCUAGCUAGACUACAAACAUCAUUUGACCAGGUUCCCGUGAAGCGAUUGUAAUGACAGUCCACCACAACAUACCCAAUCGUUUUUUGAUUAGCAAGGGGUAGUCUGUGUUUGAUUUAAUUGUGUAUUAGAAACACAGUUUGAGAUCAUUGUGAGGGAAUUGGGCUUCCUGGGAAAAUGUUGUCCAAGGUUGCAACAGUAACCAAGGCGUUAGUAAAGGGUCAGUUGAGGGGAGGCUAGCUUCAUCUGUCUGCAAUCUUCAACCAAUGGGAGGUGAGUCGUGACAAAAUUUGUGCUCAGUCAUGACUGGAAUAGAGAAACAUCUGUUGCUAGGCACCCAGAACCUGAUCUCCUAGCAACAGUGCCAGUUGGGAUUGGGGGACUGUGGAGGUGGGAAGGGAGAGAGCUGAUGUGACGAGGGAGGAGGCGAUGCUGGGGCCUGUUCUGUUGGAGGCAGGCUGGCUGCUGCUUGGGGAGAGCGAAGGUGUAAUUCACUGAUAACCCAGGCGUGACCAAACAGCUAGACGUGUAUAGCAGUCUAUCGGCAGCUGCUAUAGCAAACAGAGAAAUGGGUUUUGAAAUGGCACCUGUUUGCCGUUCACAGUGUACUCCGCUAUUACUGUUUCUUAUCAGGUUGUUAGUAAUAUGGUGCAAAUGUAACACCAAACAACUGUGCUUUAUGCAGAAAUCAUAUACAGAAAUGCCAUUGUAUUUAUAUGCUGCUAUUCAGUGGCCAUUUGGAUGAGUGAAUCCAGAUUGAUUAGCUCAUCUGGACAUCAUGUAUUGACUUUAUUCCUUACAUUAAGUAUUCAUUCAGUAGCACUUUUUAUUGCUGUAUUUCCUAUAAAUAGGAAACGUAUAAAGACAUAGAAACAAUCAUUGACUUUUACACCAAGUCAUUUAUGAGGUCGUAGUUCCUGUCUGUCUGUCUGUCUGUCUGUCUGUCUGUCUGUCUGUCUGUCUGUCUGUCUGUCUGUCUGUCUGUCUGUCUGUCUGUCUGUCUGUCUGUCUGUCUGUCUGUCUGUCUGUCUGUCUGUCUGUCUGUAUUGUCUGCCUGUCUGCCUGUCUGCCUGUCUGUCUGUCUGUAUGUCUGUCUGUAUUGUCUGCCUGUCUGCCUGUCUGCCUGCCUGCCUGCCUGCCUGCCUGCCUGCCUGCCUGCCUGCCUGCCUUUCUGUCUGUCUGUCUGUCUGUCUGUCUGUAUUGUCUGUCUGUAUUGUCUGUCUGCCUGCCUGCCUGCCUGUCUGUCUGUCUGUCUGUCUGUCUGUCUGUCUGUCUGUCUGUCUGUAUUGUCUGCCUGUCUGCCUGUCUGCCUGUCUGUCUGUCUGUCUGUCUGUCUGUAUGUCUGUCUGUAUUGUCUGCCUGCCUGCCUGCCUGCCUGCCUGCCUGCCUGCCUGCCUGCCUGCCUGCCUGCCUGCCUGACUGCCUGCCUGCCUUUCUGUCUGUCUGUCUGUCUGUCUGUCUGUCUGUCUGUAUUGUCUGUCUGUAUUGUCUGUCUGUCUGUCUGCCUGCCUGCCUGCCUGCCUGCCUUUCUGUCUGUCUGUCUGUCUGUCUGUCUGUCUGUCUGUAUUGUCUGUCUGUAUUGUCUGUCUAGUAGUUCCUGUGAGGUGGUUGUGGUGUCACUCAUGUCUUCUCCAGUGUUGUGUAAAGUAUAUACAGUAUAUAUACAGCACAUUCGGAAAGUAUUCAGACCCCUUGACUUUUUCCACAUUUUGUUACGUUACAGCCUUAUUCUAAAAUACAUUUAAAAAAUACAAAUCCUCAUCAAUCUACACACUACCCCAUAAUGACAAAGCGUAAACAGGUUUUUAGACAUUUUUGCAGAUUUAUCAAAAAAUAAAAAACAGAAAUACCUUAUUUACAUAAGUAUUGAGACCCUUUGCUAUGAGACUCGAAAUUGAGCUCAAGUGUAUCCUGUUUCCAUUGAUCAUCCUUGAGAUGUUUCUACAACUGGAUUGGAGUCCACCUGUGGUAAAUUAAAUUGAUUGGACAUGAUUUGGAAAGUCACACACUUGUCUAUAUAAGGUCCCACAGUUGACAGUGCAUGUCAGAGAAAAAACCAAGCCAUGAGGUCGAAGGAAUUGUCCGUAGAGCUCUGAGACAGGAUUGUGUCGAGGCACAGAUCUGGGGAAGGGUACCAAAAAAUAUCUUCAGCAUUGAAGGUCCCCAAGAACACAGUGGCCUCCAUUGUUCUUAAAUGGAAGAAGUUUGGAACCACCAAUACUCUUCCUAGAGCUGGCUGCCCGGCCAAACUGAGCAAUCGGGGGAGAAGGACCUUGGUCAGGGAGGUGACCAAGAACCCGAUGGUCACUCUGACAGAGCUCCAGAGUUCCUCUGUGGAGAUGGGAGAACCUUCCAGAAGGACAACCAUAUCUGCAGCACUCCACCAAUCAGGCCUUUAUGGUAGAGUGGCCAGACGGAAGCCACUCCUCAGUAAAAGGCACAUGACAGCCCGCUUGGAGUUUGCCAAAAGGCACCUAAAGACUCUCAGAAACAAGAUUCUCUGGUCUGAUGAAACCACGAUUAAACUCUGGCCUGAAUGCCAAGCGUCACAUCUGGAGGAAAUCUGGCACCAUCCCUACGGUGAAGCAUGUUGGUGGCAGCAUCAUGCUGUGGGGAUGUUUUUCAGUGGCAGGGACUGGGAGACUAGUCAGGAUCGAGGGAAAGAUGAACAGAGCAAAGUACAGAGAUCCUUGAUGAAAACCUGCUCCAGAGCGCUCAGGACCUCAGACUGGGGCGAAGGUUCACCUUCCAACAGGACAACGACCCUAAGCACACAGCCAAGACAACGCAGGAGUGGCUUCGGGACAAGUCUCUGAAUGUCUUUGAGUGGCCCAGCCAGAGACCGGUGGUCCUCUGUAGCUCAAUUGGAAGAGCGUGGCGCUUGUAACACCAGGGUAGAGCGUGGCGCUCGAUCCCCGGGACCACCCAUACUUAAAAAUGUAUGCACACAUGACUGUAAGUUGCUUUGGAUAAAAGCUUCUGCUAAAUGCCAUAUUAUUAUAUUAUAGAAUCCGAUGGAACAUCUCUGGAGAGACCUGAAAAUAGCUGUGCAGCGACGCUCCCCCUCCAACCUGACAGAGCUUGAGAGGAUCUGCAGAGAAGAAUGGGAGAAACUCCCCAAAUACAGGUGUGCCAAGCUUGUAGCAUCAUACCCAAGAAGACUUGAGGCUGUAAUCGCUGCCAAAGGUGCUUCAACAAAGUACUGAUUAAAGGGUCUGAAUACUUAUGUAAAUGCGAUAUUUCAGUUUUUAUUUUAUUUUUGCAAAAUGUUCUAAAAACCUGUUUUUGCUUUGUCAUUAUGGGGUAUUGUGUGAAGAUUGAUGAGGGGGGAAAACAAUUUAAUCAAUUUUAUGAUAAGGCUGUAACGUAAACAAAUGUGGAAAAAGUGAAGGGGUCUGAAUACUUCCCGAAUGCACUGUAUAUCCUCUCAGAGCUUCUAGAGUUUAGCCUUGGCUCUCUGUACGGGAACACUGGCCCAUAGGACUCUGGUCUAAAGUAGUGCACUAUAUAGUGAAUAGGAUGCCGUUUGGGAUGCAUCCACUGUCUCCUACAGUCCAGUCACAGACUUUCUAAACCCAGAGGCACAACAUCGCCAGACAUCUGGGAACACUUGCGAAGCAGACCAGGCUGACCAGGCCGGUAUUUGGGGUUUGAGAAGUCAUUGAGAGAAGUGUAAAAUUAUUCCUUCGUUAUUAAUUUUCUCUUAAUCUAAAGGCACAACAUAGAUUCUAGCAAAUGUCUUAAAGGAAAAAUCCACCCAAAGCCACUCAUUCCUAUAAUUUACAGUGUUACAUAACACUAAUAUGUGAGAACAAUAUUUUUUGUUAACAAAUCUUAAAUUUUGUCGUUAUAAUAAGGUUGGUAGCAACAUGUAACAAUCGUUGUGGAAAUCUGUUACAGCUCAAGUCGACUACAAACCCGACAAAUGCAAUGCUCUCUCUGAGCUGGCUGGCUGGCUGGUUAGCUAGCAAAAUAAUAGUCAUUAUUCACUUUUUUUAUUUAACCAGGGAAAACAAAUUGAGACCUAGGUCUCAUUUGCAAAUGUGCCCUGGGAACAAUACAGAAAAUACAAUUAUACGUAAUUUAAAGCACAAAAUUAAAUAAAUAUCAAAUAUGAUAUACACAAUAAACAAUCAAACAAAACAAACACAUUUAUCAAUAUAAAAAUCCCUUUCUCCUAAACUGACCCAGAGACUACAACACAUCCAAAUGAAACGUUACUUGGAGAUUAUUCCACAUGAUAGGGGCCUGGUAGGAAAAGGCUGAUUUACCCAACUCUGUGGAUACACGUUGAGUCUCCAGCAUUAAACAACCCUGUUUUUCCAUAAGCACAAAAAGCUUAUUUCUCUCAAAUGUUGUGCGCAAAUUUGUUUACAUCCCUGUUAGUGAACAUUUCUCCUUUGCCAAAAUAAUCCAUCCACCUGACAGGUGUGGCAUAUCAAGAAGCUGAUUAAACAGCAUGAUAAUUACACAGGUGCACCUUGUGCUGGGGAAAAUUAAAGGCCACUCUUAUACAAAGGAGAUGUGUCGCGCUACAUGAGGCCACUCUAAAAUGUGCAGUUUUGUCACACAACACAAUGCCACAGAUGUCUCAAGUUUUGAGGGAGCGUGCAAUUGGCAUGCUGACUGCAGGAAUGUCCACCAGAGUUGUUGCCAGAGAAUUCAAUGUUAAUUUCUCUACCAUAAGCUGCCUCCAACAUCAUUUUAGAGAAUUUGGCAGUACAUCCAACUGGCCUCACAACCACAGACCACGUGUAACCACGCCAGCCCAGGACCACCACAUCCGAAGAAUCGAAGAAUUUCUGCACAAACUGUCAGAAACCGUCUCAGGGAAGUUAAUCUGCGUGCUCGUCGUCCUCACCAGGGUCUUGACCUGACUGCAAUUUGGCGUCGUAAAUGACUUCAGUGGGCAAAUGCUCACCUUCGAUGGCACUCUGGAGAAGUGUGCUCUUCACAGAUAAAUCACGAUUUCAACUCUACAGGGCAGAUGGCAGACAUUUACAUUACAUUUUACAUAUUUAGCAGGCGCUCUUAUCCAGAGCGACUUACAGUUAGUGAAUAAUUUUUUUAUUUUUAUACUGGCCCCCCGUGGGAAUCAACCCACAACCCUGGCGUUGCAACAGCCAUGCCUAUCAACUGAGCUACAUCCCUGCCGGCCAUUCCCUCCCCUACCCGGACGACAUGGGCCAAUUGUGCCGCCCAUGAGUCCUCCCGGUCCGGCCGGCUGCAACAGAGCCUGGAUUCAACCAGGAUCUCUAGUGGCACAGUUAGCACUGCGAUGCAGUGCCUUAGACCACUGCGCCACUCAGGAGUGACAGUGUGUAUGGCGAGCGGUUUGCUGAUGUCAACAGAGUUCCCCAUGGUGGCGGUGGGGUUAUGGUAUUGGCAGGCAUAAGGUUUGGACAACGAACACAAUUGCAUUUUUUCUAUGGCAAUUUGAAUGCACACAUGCAGAUAUCGUGACGAGAUCCUCAGGCCCAUUGUCGUGCCAUUCAUCUGCUGCCAUCACCUCAGGUUUCAGCAUGUUAAUGCGCGGCCCCAUAUAGCAAGGAUCUGUACACAAUUCCUGAAAGCUGAAAAUGUCCCUGUUCUUCCAUGGACUGCAUACUCACCAGACAUGUCUCUCAUUGAGCAUGUUUGGGAUGCUCUGGCUCGACGUGUACGACAGCGUGUUCCAGUUCCUGCCAAUAUCCAGCAACUUCGCACAGCCAUUGAAGAGGAGUGGGACAACAUUCCACAGGCCACAAUCAACAGCCUGAUCAACUCUAUGUGAAGGAGAUGUGUCGCGCUGCAUGAGGCAAAUGGUGGUCACACCAGAUACUGACUGGCUUUCUGAUCCACACCCCUACCUUUUUUUAAAAGGUAUUUGUGACCUACAGAUGAAUAUCUGUAUUCCCAGUCAUGUGAAAUCCAUAGAUUAGGGCCUAAUGAAUUUAUUUUAAUUGACUGAUUUCCUUAUAUGAACUGUAACUCAGUAAAAUCUGUGAAAUUGUUGCAUGUUGCGUUUAUAUUUUAGUUCAGUGUAGAUUUGCCAUACAGCAUAUGGCCACUCCUCCCCCUUCCUGUAAUAUGUCACAUCUAAAUACAUUAUAAUCAUUUACUUUAAUGUCUUUAUCAUAUACUGAACCAUUUAACCAUGUUUCUGAGAGAACCAGAAGGUCAGGACAUGAGUCCUGAACCCAAAUGUCCAUUGUGUCCAUUUUUUAAAUCAUACUUGUCACAUUUAGGUGCAUUAGCCCAAGCCCCCUAUGAGAUUUAAAGUCAGAGGGGUAUUCAGGUCAUUGCCAUCAGAGAUAACAGGCAUAGGGUCAUCUGCAGCUAUUUGUUGAAUGAGCUGAGACUUUGCCAAGGUCCCUGGCCAACCACGUGAGAGCAGAGCAGACUGGCCAACCACGUGAGAGCAGAGCAGACUGAGCAUUCGACAGACCUCCCCCACCAUAUAGGGAUGGGCAACUCCUCCCAAAUGACACCCCAUCUUCCUUAUAUCAGGGAUGGGCAACUCCAGUCCUCGGGGACCAGAGUGGUGUCACCCUUUCCCCCCCCAUCCCUAGCAAACACAGCUGAUUAAACUCAUUUAGAAUCUAAACUGAAUAUUUUGACCAGUUGAUUAUUGGAGUCAGGUGUGUUAGCUGGGGCUGGGCCAAAAGUGUGACACCAUUCAGGCCCCCGGGGACUGGAGUAUUUCCCAUCCCUGAUAUAAGGAAGAUGGGGUGUCAUUUGGGUCACAACCUCUGUCUUUGAUGGGAUAAUCUGAUAACUGAAGCUAUGCAGGAUAAUAAUAAUAAUAAUAAUAUGCCAUUUAGCAGACGCUUUUAUCCAAGCGCCAUGCUCUACCAGCUGAGCUACAGAGGACCACAUAUAAUGGUGAAGCCUGCUGUCAGUCUACCGUCUGACUAGUGUACUGCCCCCUGGCAGAGCAGUCCUGACCACAUCCAGGCCCAGAUCUGUUAUGUCAUUAACCUCCUGUCUCUCUGUGUCCACAGCCCUGACAGGAAAGAUCCUCCACUCCAUCUCAGCAGCAGGUUUUGAGAUCUCAGCCCUGCAGAUGGUAAGUAGUCUACAUAGUCAGUCAUCAUAGCUGUAAAAAUCUGUGCCAUGCCACUGGGACCCACGGGUGAUGAUGAUGGUGUUAACCUGUUUAGAUAAUGGAUUGUAGUUUCUAAAACAGGUUGGUCAAAAAAAUAAUUGCGUUCUAAAGCCAUACUAAAAAACGUGUUUAUCACAGGUAAGCCUAUGACGCAGAAAUUGGCAUCUUGUUUUCUGUUUCAUCUGAGAAAUCCCUGCGCAUCCACUGUCCCAUCAGCCCAGACAGCCAAUUCAUUAACUUGAUCUCCACUGUAAAAAGCAUGUAGACAUUAUUUCCCCUUGCUUCUAGCCUAACAUUUGGUUUGCAAUAACGGGGGUUUGUACAAACAUUGCUGUCUGUCUCUCGACAUUUGCAACAUUGUUUCAAUAUUCAGGAAGAGACUGAUAUAUUUUCUCAGCUAGUCGAAAUCACGAAUCAGCAUCAUUUUUAUAUAUACAAAGAAAUGUCAAUAGAAAAACUGGUAAAACGACAUGAAAUGCAGCUAGUUUGCUGUCUUACCAGCUUCAGUUUGAAGUGAUUGCGUUAGCUGUGUUGUUGGCUAGCUCCUCUGAACAACAGUGUCCUGACGAGUGAGCACAUUUUCUAUGCCAGGCAAAAAUUGCGCAUCAUUAGCUCAUUGUUAUCGAUGUAUCCAAAUAAAUGUCACUAGAAAACAGCUUAAACAAACUCAAAUGCAGCUACUUUGCUGUUAUUCUGGCUGCACUGUUUGACCUGACUGUGUUAGCCGUAGUUGGCUAGCUAGCGAGCGAGGGAUAAGAGCCAGCCAGCAUGGCAACGGAACAUUUAGAACUAACUACUGGGUCCAUAGAUAUAGAACAGAAAUACUUAACGUCUGGGUGGCGUCCCUGACAACCUAACCGAUAGAAUGAACGGCCAGCCGGCUUGGCUAGCAACCAUAGAUAUGUCAGGACUAGGCCUAUGUUUUCAUUGAGGGAUGAAAUAUUAGCCUAUGUAGCUUUAUGUAAUAGGUUAACCGUUGUAGAAAAGCAAUUGUACAAUCGAGGUUGUGCAAAACAGCUUUUUUAGCACGGCUGUGCUGAUCUAUGGUACUCUGCUCCGCCUCGUACCGGGCUAAAGAAGUUGUUUAGCACGCCCUCUCGUGUACAAAUGCUUUAAGACAACAUGACCAACGGGUAAUGCUGAUGGUGUAAACCUGUUUAGAUAAUGGAUGUAGUUGAGGGACAACAUGACCUUUUCCAUCCUCUGCAGCUCUACUCCAUUUAG